CCAGUCCCGGUGUAGCUAAAAGUGAGACAAGAUCAUCCAAUCCAUCAAUCAUAUCAAAGGACCGCAGGAUCACGUACUCCGAGGUACUUAAGAUGACUAAUAACUUCGAGAGGGUUCUUGGCAAAGGAGGGUUUGGAACAGUGUACCAUGGAAACUUGGAUGAUGCUCAAGUAGCAGUGAAAAUGCUCUCUCAUUCAUCAGCUCAAGGUUACAAAGAAUUCAAAGCAGAGGUGGAGCUUCUUUUAAGAGUUCACCACAGACAUUUGGUGGGACUUGUUGGGUACUGUGAUGACGGAGAUAACUUGGCUCUCAUCUAUGAAUACAUGGCAAAUGGAGACCUGAGGGAAAACAUGUCCGGAAAACGCGGAGGCAAUGUCCUAACAUGGGAAAACAGGAUGCAAAUAGCUGUAGAGUCAGCUCAAGGAUUGGAGUAUCUGCACAAUGGAUGUAGGCCUCCUAUGGUCCAUAGAGAUGUGAAAACUACCAACAUCUUGUUGACUGAGCGGUACGGAGCAAAACUAGCUGACUUUGGUCUCUCGAGAUCCUUCCCUAUCGAUGGUGAAUGUCAUGUCUCCACAGUGGUUGCAGGCACACCAGGCUAUCUAGACCCUGAGUACUACAGAACAAAUUGGCUAAGCGAGAAGAGUGAUGUGUACAGCUUUGGGGUAGUGCUACUAGAGAUAGUCACAAACCAGCCUGUGAUAGAUAAAACUCGAGAGAGACCUCAUAUAAUGAAUGGGUUGGGUUCAUGCUCACCAAAGGAGACAUCAGGAGCAUCAUUGACCCGAAACUGA